AUGGGAGCCGUGUGCUGCGAGAACCAGGACAAUGAUGGUCAAACAUGCAAUGGAAUAGCCGACUUUGAGCUUGCCGGCAAAGACAGGAGAGAAGCUGCAGAUACAGUGUGCUCCGGGGACGUUUGUUGCAUGGGCUACCAGACGUGCAACCAGGGCGAAGCCCGAAACGUCUCAUCGAUUUCUUGCAAAGGAUACGAGACGUGCGUCCAGUGGAAGACCUAUUUGAGCGGAGAUGUGGUCUGCGACGCCGAUUCCCCGACGGAGUUUCCAGGCGACAACCACGGCGGCACCUGUGCGAGCAGCGGCACGGAGUUCCAUUUCUCCGAGGGAGACGGCACGCACUGUGUCCAGUGCUUGGCCCAAAGUUCAUGCCAGGCUGCCAACUGGUUUUUCCCAGAAAACGCCAAUGUCUAUUUCUUCUGCCGCGAUGGUGAAGGAGGCGAUGCCUGCGAGGCGAUGGUAGUUACAUUCGGCUCGAACCAGGCACUUUGUUUCUUUACAGCGACGGACCAGGAGUCAAGCACUACCUGGGCCGGGGACGGUUGCACACAAAGAGACGACGGCUCCAACAAUUGCAACAGCAGGUG